AUGACAUCUCAAGCCUUGGUGGUGAAGCAUGACGAGGAGGUGCUCUUCCAGCACUUCUUGCAGCUGCGGCGCGAGGUCCGGCGGCGGCGGAGCGGCGCCGCGGCCGCCGUGGCUGACGUCCACACGGCUGAAGAGAGGCUGGAAGUCACGGACACGAAGGAGGAGACGAAGGGAUUCCAAGCCUUCUUGGAGAAUGGCCAGGUGAAAGCUGGCAAGAUGAAGGACCUCCUGGGCUGCCUGGCCACCUCGCCUUUGACCCCGAAGGAGCGCUUCGAGGUGCUGGGAGCCUUGCAGCAGACGGAGGAGGGCCGUCUCGGGCGAAUGGUGGAGCUGAAUGGGCACCAUUUGCUGUGCCAGUGGAUCUUCAAAGAUGAGGUCCCCGUGGCGCGGGCGGCGCUGGGGCUGUUGAAGCGCUUGAAGUUCAAGGAGCCGGAGAAGCUGAAGCUGAUGGAGCUUCUGGAGCGCUUGCCGCGGGAAGAGUUGACCCCGCAGGUGGCCGCCUGCCGCAAGAAGUGGAAGCUGGCGCCGAAGCCGAAGCCCGCGCCCUGCACGGUGGUGGAUGAGGAGGAGGCGAGGAGGGUGAAGAGAAAGAUCCAGGAGAACGAAGAGAAGAAGAUCAUUGAGCAGAUUAAUGAGUUGGGUCGCCUCCUGGACGAGCGGGAGGAGCCCAAGCAAGUGUCGAACCUCCAUGGCGUCAAAGUGACCUACAUCGCCGCGGGGGAGGCGCACACGGCGGCGGUGGACCAACUGGGUGGCCUCUUCACCUGGGGCCAAGGCUCCUACGGCCGCUGCGGGCACGGCGUGGGCACCGACAUGCCGUCCCCCGCGCGGGUGGAGAGCUUGUCGGGACUCUCCAUGUCGCAAGUGGCCUUGGGCUUGAUGCACUCUGUCACCAAGUCGGUGAAGGGUCAGCUCUACAGUUGGGGCAAGGGUCCGGCCACUGGCUUUGACGUGGCGGACGUGAUCACCACCCCACGCCAGGUGAAGCUGGACUUGCGGGAUCCCGUCUAUCAGAUUGCUGCAGGUCCCCUGCACACCGUCGUCCUGAUGCAGAAUGGAAGCGUCAUCUACUUCGGCUCCGGAACCGAAGGGCGCCUCCCCUACAGGAACAACUUGGAUGGGAGUUUGGAAGAUGUGCCUGCGCCCACCUUGCUGAAGCCACCCGAGCUCAAAGUCAAGGGCUGGGCGCAAGAGAAGAACACCAAGACCUGGCAAAGGAACCGGGAGGCGAGCUGGUGGCCAUCCAGGCUGUGCUGUGGCAGUAGCAGCUCCGCUGUGCUCACAGGUGGGCGGAUGGUGAGUGCCAUCGCGGUGUGGUGCACGGCCACCGCGGUAGCUCGCGCCGCGCGCUGUGUUGCCGCUCGCGCCCGGCAUGCGAUCCGCCUCUGGGCCGCGCUCCUGCGUGUGCUGCUCCUGCAGCUUCAGUGCCGGAUCGCUUGGCUGGCCUUGGUGGCGCUGGUAAUCGAAGGGGAUACCUAUGUGGAUGUCUAUCACAAUGGGGCGUAUGUGGCCGCUGACAUUUCCACCUCCCUCAUUCCAUUGAACGGGGUGAGACGCGUGGUGGCCAGCGACACGCCGGCGAAGGUGAUGGUCUUCCCACUGGGCCUGGACAAGGGCGACGUGCUGGCGUUCAGGCUGAUCACCUCAAGGCCGGAGCUGGUCAAUGUCUCGAAUGCGUUGGGACAGAACACCGAGUAUCCGGCACCCCUCGGGAUGAUCAUGGCCUCGCGCAAUGGGAUGCUGUCCACGAGCGACCUCAAAUGCAGCACGCAGGAGAAGGAGAACAAUGAUGAGCGCACGCCGUUCUUCUUCCGAGAAUUCAACGACACCUUGUGGAAACCCGCCUACGAGCAGCCCAGCAACUGCUGCCCGUGGCGUGAUCCGCAGGAAGUCUGGUACCGGAUGAAUGCCAAGUGGAUUGGUGCGAACCCUGUGGACUUCGGGAACAUGUCAGGCCCCAGGCAGCUCAAUUGCCGCUACCACGUGCCGGGCGACACCGUGGUGGGCAACCUGCCGGCCGCCGAAACGGCCAACGCCGGCGACGUCAACGACACGGCGCCGCUGCUGAACGUCACGGCGCUGGAGAUCUCGACCUCGGUGACGAAGAUCCUUUUCAACGUGGAGCGCGAGGCCAACAUCUACUGUGGUGUCAUCGACGCACGCUACGAGCUCCGGGUUCCUACGCACUUGGAGCUGAAAUCAUGGGGAGAGAGUGCCAUGAAUGUGAAAGGUCAGCUCUGGGCGAUGGCGCUCAUUGGCUCCGAGUUCUCCGCCAGCGAGCUGAACGCCACGGUGCUCCAGCGGGUGCAGGUGAACACCUUGGAAGACUGCGAGGCGAGAUGCAUUGCUCGGGACCUUUGCGUGGCCAUGGAGUUCUAUGUGGUGGGGCAGGAUGUGAUCAGCGGCACCAACUGCAAGCUGCUUCAGGACGAGUACGACACCAACAACCGCUUCCCAGAGUCCCCAAUCGCGAGCUUCACACAGAAGUACAAGUAUUUGGCCAAGCCCGAGCACACCAUCACCAUCAGCGGGCUUUUGUUCCCCAACACCGUCUACAACACCUAUUGCUCCGCCGAAGAUCCGGUGACCUUGGUGCAUUCGAACUGGUCCGCCAUCGGUCGCACCUACCAGACCGCCAGGACGGGCGGCUGCUUCAACUGCGGCAACGAGAUUCCGCCCGAGAUCUUCGUUUGGGGUGGCUUCGUGGGUGCCAGGACCCUGGGCCUGGUGGCCUCGGCGAGUCAGCCAGGGCGGAUCUUCUGCAAUGCCUUCGAGGUGAAUGCCUCGCAGGCGCCCACCAUCUCCGGUGAGCUGAUCCGAGAGCCCAAUAUCUUCGCCAUUUUGACCUCCACGGGCGCCUCCAUCUCUUUGACCCUGGGCAACUUGCUCCCCGAGACCGAGUACCACGUGGCCUGCAUGGCUGAGUCGGACGGCGGCACUGAAAGCGUCCUGCAGCAGAUGGAGGCCACCCGGCGUAGCCUCACGACGGAAAAGGAGGACUCUACGAUCAGUUCCAUGCGCAUCGUCCGCGAUCGACUCAUGUUCUGGGAUGAGAUUACGGUCAGCACCCAGCUGAUCAGCAUCGGAUACCUUUGGUGUCAGGUGUUCCCCACGGAGAACAUCCGGGAAUUGGGCCUGCCCACCGCCGAGAGCUUGAAGGAAGGUGACAAUCUGAAGGUGGCCGAUUUGCAGGAGCUCUCUUCGGUGACCUUCUCGGAAUUGGAUCCCAAUACCUCUUAUGAUGUCUGGUGCACCUCGGAAUACAACGACUUCCGUGACGAUCAAGCAGGGCAAGACUUAUUGACGCCCUUUCCCAAAAGCACGGUCCUCAGCAUUGACAGCUCCUACUACACUGCAGACGUGCUGGUCUAUUUGACCAAGGGCCCUGCGGACGUCUAUUGCCAAGCCUACCCCUGGGCUUUGCGGCCCUUCACGGAGCGGCCUGCCAUCCCGACGGCCACGAUGCUGAAGACGUCUCCGUUUCGCACCACCUACUUCAACACGCCCUCAGGGAUGGUGAUGAUCUUUUUGGAGAACCUGGUCCCUGGCCGUUACUAUGACGUCUACUGCUUCUCCGAAACCCAUGUGCCUGCCGACGCCACUGGCGCGGACACCGUGGCUCAGUUCGGCAUGGACCCACCGUCCAUCCUGGAGACACGGACGCAGCUGCUGACGCAGGGGCCCUUCUUCGAUGAUCUGGGCUGGUCUUGCGUCUCCGGACGCCCCUGCAACGUGAGCGACUUGCUGGGCGUGGGCCUCUCGAAGCACGACGGCCUCUUCGUGCGCGCGGACGGCUGCCCCGAGCGGUGCCGCUGCAGCGGAGUGGCGGACCCCUUGAGCAAAGGCGCGGAGUGCACGCCGAUCUCGCAGGACGUCACGGUGCAAGCGGGCGUGGGGCUCAGCGACGCCAAGGACCUCCGCGGCUCCUGGUGUUAUGUGGCACCGGGAGCGUGUCGAGACGAGGAGGUGUCACAGGUCUUUCCGCAGAUGAUGCUCUCGUACCAGGUUUGUAGCUACUUGCUGGAGGCCGGCUCAGGCACGGUGGUGUCAGGCUUUCCCAACGGCGGCCUGUCGCAGACCUUCGAUGGCCGCAGCUUCAGCUGGGGCGACGGACCCGUCGUGGCCGUGGGCCGGACCUACGACCUCUGUUGGUGCAACGGCACCGCCUCCUCCUGCACCUUGGAAGCGGACUUCUCAGUCCGUUUGGGUCCCUUGCACUUCGGGGGUCCUUCGACAGAGCAGGCGCAGAAAGUGGAGGUUUGCAGGGCUGGUAUGCCUUGUGUGAUUUCGGGUUUCGAAGGGCAGGCCAUUGAGAAUGGCUCCCGACUGGUGGUGCUCCCCUUGGAUCCGCGCGGGUGUCUCUGGCAACGCGUCAGCCAAGCCGACUCGCCGGGGCUCACGGACUUCCCCAACCUGGGCGUCUCCGAGACCUUCGACGAGAUCACCCGGAGCUAUCACUUCUUCGGCGUGCCGCUCAUCGCGCGCGGCGGGCGCUACAACAUUUGCUGGUGCGGCCCACCUCCGGUAGGCAUCACGAAGGUGCCUGGGAAGGACUACCGUCAACCUGAUGGGCUGGUGCCUCCCCCCUGCCCUCCCACCCGUGACGAGGAUGGGGGCCACUUCCUCUCCCCCGCGGGUGUCCUUCAGCUGCUGGGCCCCUCAGGGCAGCCGGAGACCAUUUGCCGCUUGGGGGUGUCUUGCGUGGUGCCCCAAGUGAUCGGCGAGGGUUUGCAGGGCAGCGAUCGCGUGGCGGCCCUGCAGCAGUGUGGGCAACCAGCGAAUCCACCCCUUGGUUGGCAGCAAGGUGCAGAGGCGUUGGGUACAGAUCGCUGGACUUCUGCUGGGUGGCUAUCACGGGGUCCUUCUUUGUCACACGAGAUGUUGCAAUCCUUCGGCGCUCCUGGCGUCGAGGCGGCGGAGGGCGUGAACGCCUCGGACCGGGGGAUCUAUGGCUUUCCCAACAUGGGCAUCUCAGUUCCCUCCUCGAUCGUGGGUCAUGUGACGUGGGGGGGUCCAGUCUGGGCAUUCGCUGGCUCCUACCUGCUCUGCUGGUGUGGUGCGGAUGCGACCACCACCGGAUGCCAGUCACCGGCAGACUUCCUGGUGCCCUUCGGCCACCUGAUCCUCAACGGUCCUGCUGUGCUGCCCUUGGCAGCGCAGGAGUUCCGCUGCGUGCGCGUGCGACAGUGUGAAAUCGCCGACUUUCAAGGCACCAUGCCCCCCACCAGCAAGAUUAUGGUGGCCUCGGGCGAGUGUGGCACGCCGGCACCCAUGGGUUUUCCGUUGAAAGGACAAUCGCUUCCCUCACGGGAUGGGCGUCACUUUGAGUGGAGCAGCGAACCCAUCACGACGGAUCCAGGAAAGUAUCGGCUUUGCUGGUGCACGGAGGGCCAAGAUUGCGUGCUACCCUCGCAGUACUUGAGUUAUGCGGGCAUCAUGCAAAUCAAAUUCCCAACCUAUUCGCCCUUGCGCUUCUUCUGUGGCUUGGCGCGGCCCUGCAACAUCUCCGGUAUCCGGGGGGAAGGCUUGUCCAACGAGGAUCGAGUGAUGCUGCUCACCAACUGUGGCGGCGGAAUCUUGGAGGAGACCACUUUCCUGGAAGGUGCCUUUUCAAUCCGUGCCUACGACAGCGGCGGCACCUUUCUCCUACCGCCCUCCGUUCAGUCCGUCUCCUACCAGGUCUGCUGGUGCGCGGCCGAGCAGACCUGCGCCAACCCCCGAGACUUCACGGUCUCCUUGGGCAUCGUGGACUUCGGGGGUCCUCUGCCAGACGUGGUCUACCGUUGCUUCGAGUGGGAGCCCUGCGAGAUUCCAGAUUUAGAGGGCACCACCCUCGGUGAUGGGGAUCGACUACUGGUGGUGCCGGAUGGAACCAAUUGCUUGGACCUGGUGAAUCGACGCGUCCAUCAAGAGGGCUUUCCCUUCGAUGGCAUCUCCUUGCCGGCGACGAGCGAUGGAAAGAGAUAUUCCUGGGGCUCCGGACUCGUACGCGCCGCCCCGGGCUUCUACGCCCUCUGCUGGUGCAGCAGCAAUGCCACGGAUGGCGACUGCCAAGAUGGGCCCUUCAGUGCACCGGGCGGGGUGAUCCGCGUCGGAAGCAGUAGGGAGUUCCAGUUCAUCAGCAACCCGCAUGAGAGUCCCCCACGCGCGAUGGACCCGCAACUGAGCUGGCUUUUGGCGGUUCCGCUGCCGGCGCUCUUUUUCGGAGCCAUCUGCCUGGGCAUCGCUCGCGUCCGCGGCCGCCGCGGCGGGCGCGAGGCGCCGGAGGCACCGCCGCUGCGGCAGGAGGUCUCGGCACAGCUCUCAGCGCAGCGGCUGCGCAGCAUGAUGACGCUGGAUGCUAAGGAGGUGGCCGACACUCGGAACGACAUCAGCAAACUCUUGGAGAGCGGGCGGAACUCCAAGGAUCAGAAGAGCGGCGUGCUGGCGCUGUACGGCGUGUUUCGACAACACCUCCAGGGGAGGGCACAACGGAUGAAGGAGAAGAACAAGAAGUCGAAUGAGACGAACAAGGGCCCCAAACGCUUGGUGCGCCAGGGGACGGGCCUGAGUCGUUCCUCCGGGCAGUCUCAUCCGAGCUCCACGAACAUCCAGUCUGAGAAGAGUGACUAUUCCUUCAAGUCUUCCAACUCCAACAAGUUGGUGAGCCAUAUACCGCUGCCACCGCGCUUGGACAUUCACCAUUUCAGAAGUCCUUCAGCCGGCAUCCCUGGCUUGGUGCCGGAUAUCAUUCACAGUGAUUUUGACCAAGAUAUGCUGGCGCCGGUGGAUGAAGAUAUGGAAGUGGAAGACUAUGACUUGGCGGGCGAUGAAGACGAAGGAUUCGAGGAUUUUCGGCGCGAAAAAGCUGGAGCUGCGCAGGGUUGGCGUGCGCGGGGUGGUGCCCAGGAGCAUCCCAGAGGCACGGGAGAGGUGCCACCAGGCGGUAUGGCCAUGGAGAACUUGUGGCUUUGGGGGCAGAAGGAGAUCUCCGGGGUGGGCGACAUCUCGGAGCUGGUGGAAAUGAUGGAUGAAGAUCCGGAGAAUACCAUCCUAGACACCAAUGGUGAUUGCUGGUUGCCCGUGCCCUUGAAGACCGGCGUCCGCUGCCGCACGGUGCGGAUGGUGGCCAUGGGCUACGAGCACUGCUUGAUCGUGACGGCAGAUUCCCUGAUGUACGCCUGGGGCAAUGGCAGCAAGGGGCAGCUUGGGACGGGCUCCAUGCAGGCGGCUGACACGCCCCAGUUCAUCACCUAUCCCACUGACGUGUUGGAUGUGGCUGCCGGCGAGGAGCACUCAGCCUGUCUCAUCGAAGGUGGGGAGUGCUUUACCUGGGGCAACGCGGUGGGCGGCCGCUUGGGCCUCGGGAGCUGCCUCACCGAUGGCGAACAGCUCUCGCCCAAGCGCGUCGUCAUCGACCAGACUGAGUUGCGAGUGCUCCGCAGCGUGGCCUGUGGGUCUCAGCAUUCCGCCUUAAUCACUCAGGAUGGGCGCCUCCUCACCUUCGGUACUGGUUGGUUUGGCCGCUUGGGCAACGGCGAGAAGGACAACGAGUACAUGCCAAAGUUGGUAGACCUCGCAAGCCAGGUGAAGGAGGUGCACUGCGCCACGUAUCACACGUGCAUCGUGGACUCGUCGGAUCGCCUGUGGGUCUGUGGUCGGGAUUCUUCGCUAUGCCGAGAUGGGCAAAACCACGUGUAUCGGCCGAUCCUGUUUGAGCCCUUCAACCAGCCGGGCGCGGCGCGGGGCGUCCGCUCGUUAGCAACCGUCGAGCAGCACACCCUGGUGGCAGCCUACCCGAUGUCGAAGCCAGAGACGGUGGAGCUUUGGGUCUGGGGCAAGAACGACCGUGGCCAAUUGGGCCUCCCUCCCUCUGCAGCGCCGGUGAUCGACCUGCCGUGGCAACUGAAGAUCCCCCAGCUUGAAGAGAUGCAGGAAAGUGGCUCCAUCGAGCUGGACAUUGUUCAGGUCGCCACAGGGAUUCACCACUCCAUGUGCCUCGCGGUGACCACCGACACCAAGAACAACCGCCAGCCGUUGGUCUAUGCCUGGGGCUCCAGUGGGUCGGGGCGCCUGGGCUUUGAGCCUGACGAACUCGAUAAACUCCAGAUGCUGCAAAUCCGGGAGAUGAACAAGGGGAAGGUGCCCGAGCGGACGCAAAUGACGGGGCCGAAGCAUUUGCGUAUUUAUCCUCCCAUCAAGGUGGCCAAUCGUUGGAGGAAGGGGCAGAAGGAUGCUGGCCACCAUGUGGUGGCUGAAAAGCCACAAUCCAUCGACAAGGAAAGUCGGAAGUGGAUGGACUGCCAGCAGAAGCUCUUCGAAGAGUCUCCAGACUUUAAGACCAAGGCUCUCCAGGAUCAAGAGAAAAAGGCUGAAAAGACCUGUAAGAGUCAGCUGGAUUUCAUCCGGCACUUGUGGGAGAAACCCACCUCCAGGACCGACCUCACCGAAUACACGCUGCGGCAGUUGAGGAAGGAGAUUGAGGUGGAGUAUGUGCGAACCUUGCACGCCCUCAACAUGUCCGGCAGUGGUGAUGGGCCGCAGAUGGAGAAGCUUAUGUGGGUCAAGACCGAUGUGGACAUCAAGAAGAAGCUGCUCAAGUUUGAGGAGCUGCUGUGGAUCCUUCAGCAGCAGCCGCUUUACAUGGCCCGCUUGAGCGCUGCCUUGAGGAAGAACAACGUGCAGGAUAGCGAGCAUCAGAUUUUCCGGAAGAUGUGCCAACGCAUCUUCCACGACCUCUUUCAGCCACGCACGCUGCAUCUCUGCAAGUCCACGCUGCAGCUGAUCGCACAGUCGGAGGUGGAACAGGCGCGGAAUAUCUCGGAGCUCUUUCAUCCGGCGAAGUCCCACGCGACCUUCCUCAUCACCCAGCUGGCUACGCAUGCAGCCUUUGUGGAUGGCAUUGCGUUCCCCAUCCUCAAUCCAGAGGAUGAGACAUCCCUGGUCUCGAUGAUCAUCAAAUACACCAUGAUGAAGAAGGACGGAGAAUCGCCGCGGAUCGCAGGGACCAGCGAGCAGGAUUUGAACGUGGUCACUGGAGUCUUUGUGACGCAUUGGUUCGAGUACCAGGAGCUGGUUCAGAAGGCCUUUGCCGAUCGACCUGCACCACCAGGGAGCGAGAAGAACCGCUACCUGAACUUCCAGACUGAGCUCUUGGCCUUUCAAAGAAGUUGCGUAGAGGACAGUCGCAGCAGUGAACGGGAGAAGGACGUUUAUGCGGGGUGCAUCCCGAAAUUCAUCCGCAACUUCGUGCGGCAGAUCUUCGAAGACGAGCGGGCCAAGGAUUUCAAAAUGUUGCUCGUGUCCUGCUUCAAGGCCCUGCGUGCUUCUCCGGCGGCCAAAGGCAUCGAGCAAUCAGAUCCGAAAUUCUGCACUCCGAUCGCCUCCAUAGUGCUGGCCAACAUCUUGGCGAGCGUCCUGGAGGCCGCUCAGACGCCCCACUUCAGUUUGGUGGUGCUGAAGAUCCGAAAGAAGGUCUUUGAGAGCCACAUGAACAGGAUGAAGAAUGCUGGUAAGAAUGAUGGUGAUUUUGAUCCACUGGAUGUGGCCGAACUGCUGGUGGAACGGGUCCUCUACAACAUCCAGGCUCUGGCGAAGGUCUUUCAACGAACCGUGCACAAGCAGGUUUUCCAGACCCAGUUCCAGACCAAGCCGGAUCAAGUGCUGAAGGAGGAGCCAGAGUCUCGACAAAUCUGCGAUGAGAUCAAGGAUUUCACCUGCCAGAUUCUGCAUGAACAGUUCUCCCAGAUCAGGGCCGGCGGAUGGUCCGAAGAGAUGCUGUGCACCUUGCCGCUCCGGCAAAGCGGGAGUUGGCCCAUGGCACGGCCCAUGGCGCACGUGCGCCGAAGGCGAUAUGUGCACAGGAUGUGGUCGAACCGGAUUCUGGCACAAGCGAUUGGCAUUCCCUUGCGGCAUGUUCUGGCUCUCUACGGUCUUAGCUUAUGUUUGAGAGGCCGUGUCAGCUCCAAGACUGGACUGCUGGCUUUACUGCUGUGGCCCAUCAGUGGCUUGGGCGUCACGGCCGGGGCGCAUCGUUACUGGACGCAUCACAGCUACAAAGCCAGCACGAUACUGGAGACCUUGCUGAUGGUGAUGUUUUCCAUUGCGGACCAGGGGCCGAUCGAAGGAUGGGCCUUGACCCAUGCCAUGCACCACGUGGCCAGUGAUACCUACUGGGACCCACACAACCGCUCCUUAGGAUUCUGGCAUGCCCACAUCGGCUGGCUUUUUGCCACCAAGAAGUUUCAGUUGUCUUCGGUGGAGUACCGGAAGGUGGUGCGCGGCUUGAGUCCGCUGGUGCACUUCCACGAUCGGAACUGCCUCUGGUGGGACCCGUUGUGGUCCUUAGGCCUCCCAAGCCUUCUUUGCAGCUUCUGGUCCGAUCCGUGGACGGGGCUCUUUGUAGCCGGUGCCCUCCGCUGGGCUCUGGUGCAGCACAUCACCUUCGCAGUGAACUCGGUGGCGCACGGGACGUUGCGCCACGACGACGUCUACUCCUUCGACCCCGCGGCCGAUGGGGUGGGGCCGCGCGUGAGCCUGGCGGUGACGUUGUUCUCAUUGGGCGAAGGCUGGCACGACUACCACCACUUGUUCCCCUGGGACUAUGCCGCGGCCGAGUUGGGUGCCUUAGAGCAGUUCAACCCCACCAAGGUCUUCAUCGAUGUGUGCUACUGGCUUGGCCUAGCCCACAGCCGUCGCAGGUGCUCGCGGAGGCUACAGGAUUUACGGCGUCUUCAAUUGCUGGGCCUACGGGAGGAGAUGGGCUUUGGCUACGACACUUGGGUGAUUUGCAAGAUUUUGCAAGCCAGUACUCGAGGCUCUGGUGCUGGGGCCGUUCACAACUUGAAGAUGGAGCCAUCAAGACAUGGUGAAGAGUAUGGGAACCUGGUUGAUAUUCAAGUAGAGCACACCAGCCACAAAGUCGUGGAAUUGGCACAAGAUCCCAUUGCUGCGGAGCUGGCCACAGAUCUGUAUAUGUCGCACUUCACGCUGCAAAACACCAUGGUGAGCAUGUCUGCCCUGGAUUUGCUCAACAUGGCCAACGUGCUCUUCAGGCACAAGAAGGACAUGUACCCCAACGACACGCAGGACCAGCUCUCCGAGGUGUUGGACGACUUGAUGCACAGGCGUCCUUUGGAAAAGCCUCGGACCGAGCAUGGACAGCUGGUCACCGAGGAGCUUUCGGAGUAUCAUCCGCAUGGGCACUUGUGGCUUGCGUCCCAGCACGGAGAGUGGCACAACUUCCGAUUGAAAGCGAGGUUUAUGGAAUAUUUGCAUGGUCCUGAUGACCAGCCGAUGCUUUGCCACCACUCGCAGGCGCCCAUCCCCGGUCGCCUGGCGAUGGAGCACCAGAGAUCCUUAUCGAGGCAAGGAGAGGUGCACCUCGUGAAGAAGUACACCAUUCCGGAUGAGGAGAAGUCGAUGCUGCCGCUGAUGACCCUGGCAGGCUUACCGGAGCCAGUGGAAGUGUACGAGCACUUGGAGGAGAUCAUCCAGGAAUUGUCUGGCAACAAGCGAGAGAAUGAUGAUGUGAAGUACCAAAUCACAGGCCAGAACUGGAUAGACUUGAGGACUGGCUUCAGCAAGAUUCAGAAGGCCCUGCAGCAGGACAUCAAGGAUGGGAAUGCUUCCAGCAAGAUGCGUGGCCUGGUGAUGGACUUGGAGGAGGGGAAGAAGAUCAUCGACGAAGUCAUGCAGGCAAAGCGUCUGGAGGUGGAGUUCAUGAAGUACAUUGACCGCUCAGUGCAGCGGCGGUAUGUGCAUGCCAGGUAUUUGGAAUCCGCCUCGCAGCGGGACAAGCUCAUCUUCAAGUGCCGAGAGUCCUACCUGAGUGACCUCAAGGAGCAUGUAGAGACGCUCCAAGAAGUCCUGAAGGUUUCCACGGACUGCACUUGCCCGAGCCGCUUUACCAUGGCAGCGGCCCAGCGCAGCGAAAAGAUUUCCUUCUUGCGACUCCGCAGGAUCAAGCAGCGUAUCCGGAAAACGAAGCCAACGCCUGGGCAGAAGAUCAUGGACACCAUGGGCACAGAUGAUAGCCGUGAUGCUGGCAAGCUGCAGGAGCUUAAGGAGUCCAUCAUUCCAACUCAGACCUUCUCUCUUGGACAGCUUGAGUCCAAAGGCGUGGUGGUCCGCAUGCACGAGAAGCUGCCGGGCAAGACCCGGAAGCACAUGAGCUUCACCUUCCAGACCUGCGGGGAAGGCUUCAAUGUCCAAAUCUUCCUGAAGACUACCCUGCUGAAGGAGUUCGAGAUUUCGAGGGAACAGAUUGAGGACAUGGAGAUGGCGAAUAAGACCUCGGCGGCCAGCUUUGCGGAGGACUUCGUGUGGAUGAACGGCUAUCGCCUCCGGAGGUUGCUCACCUUCAUCGUGGUUGACAAUGGUGUUUAG